GGUGGCGGUACAGGCAGCCAGCAGACCAUUCUCCAUGAGGAGCAGUGGAAGAUGCCGGCUCUGCCAGCACUGCUGCUGUCGAUUUACGUCGUCGUCGUCCUGCUGACCAUGGCACCGCUCUCCUUCAGCCAGGCCAACACCCUCUCUGCCGUUCGGAUGGCGGCCAUCCUGGACGACCAAUCCGUGUGCGGUCGCGGUGAGCGUCUGGCGCUGGCUCUGGCGAGGGAGAACAUCAACAAUCUGAUGGAGGGUUCCUCCCAGGCGAGGGUGGAGGUGGACGUCUACGGGCUGCAGAAGGACUCCCAGUACGACACCACUGACACCAUGUGUCAGAUCCUGCCAAAGGGCGUGGUCUCUGUGAUUGGCCCCGCCUCCAGCCCCGCCUCCGGGUCCACCAUCAGUCACAUCUGCGGGGAGAAAGAGAUCCCUCACGUGAAGAUCGGUCCGGAGGAGACUCCCAAGCUGCCGUACCUCCGCUUCGCCUCGGUGUCGCUCUACCCGAGUAACGAGGACCUGAGUCUGGCCAUCGGAUCCAUCCUGCGCUCCUUCGGAUACCCGACGGCCAGCCUGAUCUGCGCCAAAGCGGAGUGCCUGCUGCGAUUGGAGGAGCUGGUCCGCCGCUUCCUCAUCUCCAGGGAGACGCUGUCGGUGCGGAUGCUGGACGACAGCCUGGACCCGACCCCCCUGCUGAAGGAGAUCCGGGAUGACAAAGUGGCCACCAUCAUCAUCGACGCCAACGCCUCCAUCUCCUACCACAUCCUGAGGAAGGCGAGCGAGCUGGGGAUGACAUCGGCUUUCUACAAGUACAUCCUCACCACCAUGGACUUCCCUCUGCUCCAGCUGAAUGACGUGGUGGACGAUCAGUCCAACAUCUUGGGCUUCUCCAUGCUGAACAGCAGCCAUCCCUUCUACCUGGAGUUCAUCAGGAGCCUCAACCUGUCCUGGAAGGAAGGAUGUGACAUCAGCCCGUAUCCCGGACCAGCGCUGUCGUCGGCGCUGAUGUUCGACGGCGUCCACGUGGUCGUGGGCGCCGUGCGGGAGCUGAACCGCAGUCAGGAGAUCGGAGUGAAGCCGCUGAGCUGCACCUCCCCGCUCAUCUGGCAGCACGGAACCAGCCUCAUGAACUACCUGCGCAUGGUGGAGUAUGACGGUCUGACGGGUCACAUAGAGUUCAACAGCAAAGGCCAGAGGACCAAUUACACCCUGAAGAUCCUGGAGAAACACCCUGGGGGCCAUAAAGAGAUUGGUACCUGGUACUCCAACAACACGUUGGCUAUGAACUCUACUUCCCUGGACCUCAACGCGUCAGAGACGCUGGCCAACAAGACACUAAUCGUCACCACGAUACUGGAAAACCCGUACGUGAUGCGUAAGUCCAACUACCAGGACUUCCAUGGUAACGACCAGUACGAGGGUUUCUGCGUGGACAUGCUGCGGGAGCUGGCGGACAUCUUGAAGUUCAACUUCAGGAUCAAGCUGGUGGACGACGGGCUGUACGGAGCCCCGGAGCCCAACGGCAGCUGGACCGGCAUGGUGGGAGAGCUGAUCAACAGGAAAGCAGACCUGGCGGUCGCCGGCUUCACCAUCACCUCCGAGAGAGAGAAGGUGAUCGAUUUCUCCAAACCCUUCAUGACUCUGGGGAUCAGCAUCCUGUACCGAGUUCAUCUGGGUCGUAAACCAGGUUACUUCUCCUUCCUGGAUCCUUUCUCUCCGGCUGUCUGGCUCUUCAUGCUGUUGGCCUAUCUCGCCGUCAGCUGCGUCCUCUUCCUCGCCGCCAGGCUCAGCCCCUACGAGUGGUACAACCCUCACCCGUGUCUGCGGGAGCGGCGGGACGUCCUGGAGAACCAGUACACGCUGGGGAACAGUCUGUGGUUCCCAGUAGGCGGCUUCAUGCAGCAGGGCUCAGAGAUCAUGCCCCGAGCUCUGUCCACCCGCUGCGUCAGCGGAGUCUGGUGGGCGUUCACUCUCAUCAUCAUCUCAUCCUACACGGCCAACCUGGCGGCGUUUCUGACCGUUCAGAGGAUGGAGGUUCCCAUCGAGUCUCCGGAUGACCUGGCCGACCAAACCAACAUCCAGUACGGGACCAUCCACGGAGGAUCCACCAUGACCUUCUUCAUGAACUCGCGGUACCAGACGUACCAGCGGAUGUGGAACUACAUGUACUCCAAACAGCCCAGCGUGUUCGUGAAGAGCACGGAGGAAGGCAUCGCCCGCGUCCUCAACUCCAAGUACGCCUUCCUCAUGGAGAGCACCAUGAACGAGUACUACCGCAGCCUCAACUGCAACCUGACGCAGAUCGGAGGCCUGCUGGACACCAAAGGAUACGGCAUCGGCAUGCCUCUGGGCUCUCCGUACAGAGACGAGAUCACUUUGGGGAUUUUACAGCUGCAGGAGAGCAACAGGCUGGAGAUCCUGAAGAGACGCUGGUGGGAAGGAGGACAGUGUCCCAAAGAGGAAGACCACCGAGCCAAAGGUCUUGGCAUGGAGAACAUCGGCGGGAUCUUUGUGGUCCUGAUCUGCGGCCUCAUCAUCGCCGUCUUCGUGGCCAUCAUGGAGUUCGUGUGGUCGACGCGCCGCACCGCAGAGACGGACGAGGUAAACCUUCAUCCUCAUCCUCCUCCUCUUCCUCUCUCGUCCUCCUCCUCCUCCUGCCCCGCCCCCAGCUUCAACCUCAGCCCAGACACCUCAGUGUCUGUCUGUCAGGAGAUGCUCACCGAGUUUCGUAACGCCGUUUCCUGUAAGAAGAGUUCUCGCUCUCGACGCCGUCGUCCUCUGAGCAGCUCUGGAGGCGGAGUCCUGCGUCACCCGUCCCGCCUGGCUCUGGCGGCCCCGCGCCCCAUCCGCCUGGUCCGCGAAAUGCGUCUGAGCAACGGUAAACUGUACAGCGGCGCCGGCCCACUGACGGGCGGGCUAGGGGCAGGUAUGGGCAGAGGUCCUGAUUUGGGCCCGGGGCCGCAGAGGCUCCUGGAGGACCCGCUAGGGAUCAACGCCACCACCAGCACAACGCCUCCCGUGCCAACCCUGGUGGCUCCGCCCGCCCCGCCGCGCAGCUUCCUGCAGAGCUGCAGCCACGUGCGCAUCUGCCAGGAGUGCCGGCGGAUCCAGAGCCUGCGGCCGACCGCGCUCACACCCCCUCCGCCUCCUCCCCCCUCCUCCUCCUCCUCCGCCUCCUCCUGCUCCCGGAUCCCGCCCUCAGUGACGCCGGGUCACCCUCACCGCCACAACCCCCACCACCACCUCCACUACCACCAUGGCUCCAUGUCGCUGCCCCGCCUCCCGCCGCCGCCUCCCCCGAUCCCGUCCGACAGAGCUGACAGUGACGGGGGCGGGGGGGCGGCGAGCCCGCGGCACGCCAACACCAAACCAACGCCACCGCCCAGACCGGUGCCCCCUGCCAAGACCCCAACACACCCACCGACAGACUUACUGGGGGGGCACGACUGAGCGGAGGGACGCUGCACAUGCUGUCAUCGGAGGGGUCAAAGGUCGCUUUCUAACUGUGAACUUUGCUCUUUGACCCCGACGACACAGCUGGAUCAGUCCAAACUGGCCAAUCAGCAGGAGAGGAUGAAACCAUUUGACCCGUUUGCAGGGUCCCUCAUUCAAACGCAGCCACUGAGGCUCAUACAGUAACCUUUACACAGGGGGGGCGGAUCAAACCACUCUGACUGUCUGCAGGGAGGACCAAACAUUUUGGAUUAAACCAACUGAGUGUUCGGACAGACCUGAUGGACAAACAGGAAGUGACUGCCGAACGGGCGCCAUCCUGGGGUCUUGUUUGUUUGUCGCCCCCACAUUCAGUCCUCCACCUCCUGCCUCGGCCAAUCAUCACGCUCCGUGCCAAGCGAGGAGGACUCAGAGACACUGAAAGACAGUUUAUCAGAGGUUUUACUGUUUGAAUACUGUUUGUAUAGAAGGAAACACACACACACACACACACACACACACACACACACACACACACACGCACACACACAGUAGCAGAGCAGCUGUACAGUUUCACAGUCGUCUGUCAGUCAUGUGGAGGAUGUAGCUCAUUAAGACUGUUGGUGCUGUUCACAGUCAUGAUGUCUGAAAACUGACCGACCGGCGCUGUGAUGCUCGUGGCGUUAAACACGCAUCAGUAGUCACCUAAAGUCAACACAACGCUGCUCAGGCCGUCCUUCUUCUUCUCCACACGCUGCUGAUUUCACCUCGCGAAGGGUUAAAGUGAACAAACUGGGAAACGUUUCCUUUUUUUUUUAGCCUUUUAAAAACCCUCGUUUGACACUCACACAAAACAACAAAAAGAUGUCUCCAGAGUUUUCUCAGGAGGCGUGUGCAGUGUGUUAAACACAGUUUGGAGAGUUCAAAGAUGGGUUGCAUCAGCUUUUCAUAAAUCCAUCACUAAGUUUCUGUGGAAAUUCCUUCCCUAAGAUCUUAGAAAUGUCUAGCGAGUGUCAAACUGGUGACUGGUUGCUCUGAAACAUCUGUAUCACCAUCCCGUCAACAGGAAGUCACUGCAGCAUCACCAGCUGUAACAGAAUAUCCAAGUAACACUUUAAAAAAAGGGCCAAACGAUGAAUUAUCUGGUCAUUAACCUCAUUCAUUAAUAAUACUCAAAGACAGGAUUUUACAACUCUGCGGCGCCAUCAGUUUUAUCUGUCGUCACGGCGAUCAGGAGAUAAACAGCAAAGUAAUCCACCUGGGAUAUGUUUUUACAUGUAUGUGAUCAGCCAGCGCAGCACCUUACCUGAUGACAUCACGUUUAUUGAACCAGUUGAAUCUUCCUGCGUCAGCGUCUCCGCCGGCUGAGACGCCUGUAAAGGCUUCCGGGAUGAAGACUCUCUCCUCCUCGUCUUAAUAGCAUCUCAGGGAAACUUUCCCAACAGGACGAGUGUGGAAGUCUGAUAUAUCUUCAAAAAGUCGUUUUCCCAAAAGCAGCUGUUAGAAAAUUCUGCGUCGAUACAGUAAAAAUUGAGAAACAAUUCAUCUCUAUAGAGCUGGUUUCUGUUUAAAUUUAGUAAUUAAAUCUCCACAUAAACCUGCGUUAACUGAUAUUUUGUCAACUAGUUUCCAGAAGAAACAAGUAGUGAACACAACACUGACAUAUUAUCAGCUUUUAAGUUGAUAUGUUGAACUUAUUUCUACAUCCAG